GACAGUCAAAACGAAUAUUAUGACAUGAUCAAAUAAGUUUUCCAAGGAUUUUAUUUUCCCAACCCCGGUCUGAGUUCGUAAUUAAUUAAUUAAAUUAAUCAAUUCAAAUAGACCGGGUCUCAAGGCGUUACAUUCUUUCUGGAAGGAAAGGAUGAGAAUUUUCAUCCAAUCCAAUGACUACAAGCUAUGGUUGAUUGUGAAGAAUGGAUGUGGCAUUCCGAUGAAGAAAGUCAGUGAAGUAAGCGUCCCCAAAAUCAAAGUGGAGUUCAACGAUGAAGAUUGCAAGAAAAUGGAGCUCAACUCCAAGGCAAUAAACAUGAUUUAUUGUAGUGUUAACGCGGAUGACUAUCGCAAGACUUCGUGGUGUGAAACCGCAGAACAAAUGUGGGAGAAGUUGGAGGUCACCUAUGAAGGAAUUACGCUAGUUCGGGAGGCCAAAAUCGACCAACUCACCCACGAGUACGAGCUCUUCACGAUGAUGGAAAACGAGAAGAUAGAGGAUAUGUUUGAGAGAUUCUCUAACAUCAUCAAUCCUCUAAACCUUCUCAGAAAGACUUACACUGACCGAGAACUCGUGAGGAAGGUGGAGGAAGAGAGGAACAAGAGAACCAUUGCUCUACCCGUAAUAACGUCAACCAACAACAACGUUGACGACGAAGAUGAUGACAGCGACGACACCGAACUCGGACUCUUCGUCCGAAAAUUUAAGAAAAUGAUGAUGAAGAAGGGAGCCAAGAAGAACACUCCACUCAAGUGCUAUGGGUGUGGUGAAGUUGGACAUAUUAAACCAAUGUGUCUUAAGCUCAAGAAUGAGAAGGACAAGAGGGCACUAAAGAAGCAACGUGCCUACAUAUCUUGGGAGAACGAUGGCUCCGAGAGUGAAGACUUAGAUGCAGAAGAAGUGGUCAAGCUUUGCCUCAUGGCCAUUGAAGAAGGAGAAUCAUCUAAAGAGGUAAGUGAUCACGAACCUUUCUCCAAUGAUCCCUUAACUCUUAUUGAUGUGUUAGCAUUGUAGAAGAAUUAGUAGGUAUGUUUAAGAAGGCCUCAAAAGAAAAUAAUGAUGUUAAACAACAAAUCCUGAUUUUUGAGAAUGACAUUAAAGAACACAAAAACAUAAAUGAUCAACUCGAACAAGAAAUCAUUUCCUUGGGU